AUGGAUGUCAGCUUCUACAUGGGUAUUGUCUGUCUGGUCGUUGUUUGCGGUAAUAUAUUCGUACUCUACGCACUGGUUUCACAAUCAUCACUACACACCACAACGAAUUUCCUCGUUCUAUCCUUGACAAUCAGCGAUUUACUACUUGGAACAGCUAUUAUUCCAUUUGCUAUCAUUCAGGAACACACAAAUGACUGGCUAUUCGGCGAUCUAGGUUGCCGAUUAUGGCUAGCCGCAGAUGUAUGGUUUUCAACAGCAUCCAUCUACAAUCUUCUAGCAAUUUCAUUUGAUAGAUAUAUGGCAGUGAAGCAGCCUAUACGGUAUCCUAGCAUUUCGUCGAAAAGGGUUACUCGUCUGCUUGUCUUCCUUGUUUGGGCAUUUUCCGGCUUACUAGCGCUUUGCCUCUUCAUCUGGGAAUCUACACACAACUCUCCGAAGCAAGAAUGCACUCCCAUGCGAUUGCCGAGCCUUUACAUCAUAUUCUCCGCACUGGCUUCAUUUAUCGGUCCUGCAGUGAUUAUGAUUGCAUUGAAUGUCUCGAUAUUCUGCACAGUUCUAUCCACAAGUAGAUCAAAGUGUGUUUCAAUCAAUAGCGGAUCAUCACUACGCAUACAUCGUGGACGACGUCCAAGUCAUCCCAGGGAUAUGAAAUCGUAUUCGGUGGAGAGCAAUGACGCGCGCCAACCAAAAUAUUCGAAUGAGUCAAAAGCUGAGCUCUUAUCACAAGAAAAAUCACCUCCCCCAGCUCCAGAAACUCAUGUGCACGCAAGUGGAAAAACCUUCUUCCCGCAAACGAUGGUUGUUUCGUUACUGAAUAACAACAAGAAAAGAAGUAAUAUUAUUUCGCUUGCAAGUGAUCGUCGCCAUCGCUUCUCUUUGCGUACAGAGCUUCGAGUAGCUCGGACAACAGCCGUAGUUGUAGCUGUAUUUAUCACGUGCUGGCUUCCUUUCAGUGCAAUUUAUGUCCUCCAGGUAAAAUAA